UAUUUGAUAUGCACCCAGAUAUAUUGUCUGAUCUAGAAAAUAUUUUGGCAGGGCGCGGGGCUGCUUGCUGGGUUCGAUGGUGGCGGGCCACGAGCAGCGGCGGAGGGCGGCCAGUCCCCCCCUCUCCUAGCCUCCCACGCCCGUGCGCUGCCGAGAGGCAGCGGCGGCGGCUGCAAUUCGCAGGCGGCAUCGGCGGCGGAGCACGGCAGCUUCAAGCGGCAUCGGCGGCGGAGCACGGCGGCCGCAAGUGGCAUGGACGGGUGCUGCGUGCGCGAGGCGGGGUGCUCCCCUGGCGGGCUGCGGAGGCCUCGAGAUGGGCGGCUUUGCUGCGGCGUUGGGAGCGGCACCACGCGGUCCAGUGCAGGGAGCGCGAGCGCGCCGUGGAGAAGGUAGCGAUGUGCACUGAUGCCGCAGCCGCAGGCCAGUGCACCGGGGAGCGGAGGCCGCAAUCGAUGGGCAGGCCAGAUUUCUUUUCCCCAGUAUUCGGCGCCGCUAGUCCAUGGGCCAUGGCUCUUCUGCAAGUGCGAGAAGACAAAGCCAGCGUGCAGGAUCCUAAUGGAGAUGGAGGAGUGCGUGCGCAGAACAGCUGCCCUGCUCAUCCAGCUACUUGAAUCCCAGUAAAGAUUGAAGAGCUAGCUCUAGGUCAGCUUCAACUUGUGGAAAUGGCUGCCUUCUCUGAUUCUUUUGCCUAGCACAUGAUGUUGCCGGUACUUGCCUUGACGGUGCUUAUGGGUCCAAAAAGUGAAAGAACAAGAUGCUUAUGGGAAUCACAAAUCAUGCUAAAUUUUGCCCAUAGAAUAUAGCGACUAAUGUGUGAUUGUUAACGGAAACAAACAUGUAUACAUAGAAACAUGCUAAAUACCUCUUCCCCUUUGAGCACUGAAUGUAUACGUUUUUUUUAUCCAGUUUUUAACUGUUCCUGCUGA